GGUUUACUAUGCUUAUAAAUAUGUAAGUAGAGUCUUAUGGAAAGUGUGUAUGUGCGCGCUAAAAAUGUUAAUGAGCUUGAAAAAAAAAAGUGUUGUGAGUUAUAAAAAGAAAAACUAGCAGCAGCUAGUAUAGGGAGAAAAAAAGAGUUUGUAUUGUGUUUAUUUAUGUGUAAUAAAAAAUUAAUGAAAUGGUUACUUUUUCUCUUAUCAAAAAAAAUUGUUAGAAGAUAAAUUGACUUUUCAAAAUUAAAGAUUGCAACCAAAGAAGGCUUUCACCUUAUGGAAACGUGGCUUGACAUUGAAUUUGUUUCCAUGGAACUAGCCAUUUCCAAAAUUGAUGAGCAUUUACUUGAAGCAAAAUCAAACAACGGUGUACAGGAUGAGAAAGAAGUAGAGAUCAGCCAGAAGGAGGUGGACGAUUAUGACAACAAAUGCAGAAUGUUCUUUAAACCGGAGGAAAUCCACUCAACAAUAGGUGAAGAAAAUAAUGAGGAACUGCAACGACAUGAGGAUGAUUCAGGUGUGAUUCCUGUUGAUCAUAUGGCAUCAUCAGAAUCAGAAGCAGGAAGCGAAGCAACGCAGGAGAAACUAGUAUUGUUUGAGGAGAUGAAAGCUGCAGAGCAGCCAGUAGGAAGUGAAGAGAAGGAAGAAGCAAAGCUGGAAAAGGAAAUGAACAUGCUGCUUCAAGCCGAUGCUCCUUGGAAACCAAAUGUAGCGAAGAUUGGAGAAGAUAAUAAGGUGGUUGAAGAGAACAAGAAAUUGAACGAAAUGAUGGAGAAACUCAUGGAAGCUGGAAAAGAUCAACUCACUGUCAUAUCCUACUUGACUGAGAGUGAAGGAGCUUGAAGAAAAGUUGGGUAAGACCAAAAAGUCAAGCAAAGCAAAGUAUAGAAAAGUAAGAUAUGCACCUUCUUAUUACAAGCUUGGGAAAAUCAAAAGGAAGGCUAGUGAAGUUGCAAUGUGAAAUUUAAUGUUGAUUAGGCCUAAAAGUGAGGUUUAAUGUUGUGUUUAUGUUUAAAAAAAAUCAAUAAUAAAGUUGGUUUUUCUCUUCAUAAAAAAAA